AUGUCUACUCAGCACAACUACCUCGACGACGACGAUGACUUCUCGGAGUUCUACAACAACCCCCUCUACAAGCGCGUCUCCGACCUGACCCCCCAUGAGCGAAAGUAUGCUUGCCCACCUCCUCCUCGUCCUUCACCCCUUCGAGACACUGCCCUCAAAGUCUCCUCCCGAAAGCCCUCCCCUCGCAAGGACGCCGCUGCUAUCAAGGACUCUAUCCGAAAGUACUCCUUCAAGAAGCCCCGACAGACCCCAGACAAGGAGUAUGCCCCUGAGCCAGAGGAAGCUGACCCUGCACUCCACGACUCGCCCGCCAACCACGACUUCCAGCAAAACGUCGCUCGCGUCCUCGGCCCCGAGCACGUCGGCAAGUACGAGAACUGCGCUGACAUGGCGAACAAGGCCAAGGAGGAGCUUGAGGACAAGCCUGAGGGAAGUCAUCACCUCGGACGUCCCUGGAACAAGGAGGAGUUUGACAAGGCUGCGAGAUUGACGCAGUAG